GGUGCCUUGCUCAAGGGCACUUCAGCCGUGCCUACUGGUCGGGGUUUGAGCCGGCAACCGUCCGGAAACAAGUCCAAAGUGCUAACCAGUAGUCCACGGCCGCCCCAAUGCAGGACAGCAGUGGCAAAAAGAAAACACAAACAGUUAAACCACAGCGCCUGCAAGAGCCUUGUUCCACUUCAACAUUGCGUUGAAAAUAACCUAGACUGCACAUAUCACCAGGAUCAAGAUUAAUCUACAACCUCGUAUGGGCACCACUAUGGUCAAUGACUGUGUUACAGUCUGACCACCCAAAGCAUUUAAACAGCACAAGGGAUUUUACUGUUUCUCAAGACUGAGAGGAAGUUCAGUAAAGCAUAUAUCAGCAAUGCUUUGUGUAUCUUCUACGAUGUUACUUCUACGAAUGUUACUUCUACGAUAAAGUAACCGAGUUAGUCACUGUGGAACAGUGUUAUAAAAGUAUCUGGUUAUCAGGGCAAGAAGAGCAUGAGUGAAGAUGAAAGCGACAAGUUCACUUCCUGUGGUUGUGUUUCUCAUAUUGACCAUCAGCCAAGGUGUCCUCAGUAAUAUGGGAGGAUGUUGUUUGUCAGCAGCACUUUUAAGCCAGACGGAUAUCUGUGCUGUGAGAGGAUCAUCAGUGGUCAUAUCCUGCUCUUUCAAGAAUCCUUGUAACCUCACCAUCUCUAAAAUCUACUGGGUGAUCACAACCCAGGAAGGAAAAACACCUACUGAUCUCAGAUUGAAUGCUGCAUACAAAGGUCGUGUUCAAUAUUUCUGGAAAAAUGACACCAACUGCACAAUGGAAAUACAGAAUGUGAAGAAGGAGGACAGCUCAAGUUAUCAACCCAUUUUUGAGAUUAAGAAUGCCAAUCACACAAGGAAAGGCCAGUUUGAGGUCAAUUUGACAGUCACAGACCUUACAGUGACACCUCCUCAACCAGUGAUAGAGGGUCAUGCGGUGAAUUUGAGUUGCAUGAGUUCCUGCAGUGAGAUGGACAAGCAUAAAGUGAUAUGGAGAAAGAAUGGACAAGAUUUACCUGGCAAACAGAAAUACAGAAUCCAGAUACAGAAUGUCAGUAUUGAGAAUGAAGGCCUCUAUUCAUGUGCUUUAAAAGGCUACAAGGAAACUGCAACUACACCAGUGAAGCUCAAUGUAAUGUUUCCUGCAAAAAGUCAUGUACUGUAUGUGAUAGCAGGAGUCUCAGUCUGUGGAGCUGCAGGUCUGAUCUGUGUGCUGGUCUGGAUUAGGCACCACAGGAUGAAUAAAAGACACAUGAAGAUAAAGCAGGAUCAGGGUACUUGUCCCUCCAGUGCUGAGGCUGCAGGAGGAGUGGAGGACAACGUCCAGUAUGCCCGUGUCCUGCCCAAACACAACAGGCAGACUGCAGGAGUGGAGGACGACAUCCAGUAUGCCAGUGUCCAGUUCAAACGCAACAGGCAGACUGCAGAAGGAGGAGAAGAUAAUGUCCAGUAUGCCAGUGUGCAGUUUAAAAAAGCCGGAACAACACAGUGUUCUCCUGACCAACCUGAGGGGGAGCUCUGAUCUACAGCAGUGUGGAAGCAAGAGUCUAAAGGUGUCCCAGCUAGUGUGGGGGACAGCAAAGCCUGAGAUGAGAAGACCUUCUCAUGCAUCUGAAAUUUGCUUUUGCUGAAUAGAUGCAACAAGAUGCUGAAUCAAUGCAACAAUGACUGAGCUGUAUACAUGUCCAGUAGGGGGCACCACUAACUGUAAUGGGGCCUAAAACACUCUACACUGCUUCCUUUUCUGGGUUUGAAUUCUCUUCUCUUUUCUUCUCUUCUCAUCUCUUCUUUUCUCUUCUUCCUAUCUUAAGGGGCUAUUCUACAGCCAUUACAAAACAUACAUUGACUAUUAUUUCCCCCUAUGCCUCCACUAAAUCUGCAUCAAAUUAUGUAUCACUGUUGCAUGUAGUGCUA